UUCAUGUGCUUUACCUUUUCCUGCCUAGCUCUUUCUGGAUGACUUGCCUGGGUUGUGACCCUCAUCAUCAAGACGUCACAUCAUCAAAGGAAAAUGUUACAUAGGGCCAGAAAUGGGUGGCUGCUGCCAAGAGAAGAGGCAGAAACCACUAGGAGAGUCAGAGGAAGAACAUCUCCUGCUUCAGUUAGGUUAGGAGCAGGAGUCAGCGUAUAGCAGGAGCUUUUCCAUGCAGGAGUUUUGUUCUUAAGAAGCUGAUAAAUAUCCAACAACUUUUCUUGUAGGAAACUUCCAUGCUAGAAUAUUGUCACCUCCAGUUCAUCGUUCAGCAACAUCUGACACUUCAAAGCCUGGAGCGGCUCUUACUGCUGCAUGACUCUGCCUUGAAUUGACAUAUGAGACAUCUGAAGCAGUAUUCCUCUGCUUACUGAGCCAAGGGGCUUGUUGUGAUGGAUUUCUCAUGGACCUGUGCAAUGUGUGUUCAGCAGAGCCUGCUCUAGCCUAAGAACUGACCAAGUCAAGACAGUCAAGAUGACAAACGAACCUAUUAAAGAGAUUCUGGGCGCUCCAAAGCAUCCUGAUUCUGUAACCACAGAGAAGAGUAAUAACAAUGACUGUGUGAUAACCACCAUCCCUCUUGUCAGUGAAUGCCAGCUGACUGCAGCAACAGGGGGAGCAGAACUCUCCUGUUACCGCUGUACCAUUCCCUUCGGUGUGGUUAUCCUCAUAGCCGGCAUUGUGGUUACUGCUGUGGCAUACAGCUUCAAUUCCCAUGGAUCAAUCAUCUCAGUGUUUGGAUUAGUCCUCUUGUCAUCAGGACUCCUUUUGCUGGCUUCUAGUGCAGUGUGCUGGAAAAUCAGGCAGCAAAACAAGAAAGCAAAGAGGCGGGAGAGCCAGACGGCGCUUGUGGCAAAUCAGCGAACCUUGUUUGGUUAAAGAGAACCCAGAGAAGGCUGGCCAGAAGACAGAACCUUUACUUGGUAGUGAUUCUUUCCGGGAUGGAGGAGAAAACACUUUUCCUUCACAGAAAACAGUGUCGUCAUAACUGCAAUCAUCAUAACUGCAUUCUUCAACAUGCUGAUUAUGUUGGAAAGGGAGCUUGUGAGAACUAAGAAAAUAAUUCGAACUGACUUGAAAUGCCAGAGAUCUCCUUAAUACACACACUGUGACAUUUGACCAAGGGAGAAGUCACAGCAUUUGAAGUGACUACAAGGCCAGAUUAUCUGUGACUUAAUUUGUAGCUCAAAAAAAAAAAAAAAAGCAAUAGCAACCAACCACACUGCAGAUUGCUCAAUAAGCUGAUUCUUAUAUUUUAUGUAACUUUCCCCUUCCAAUAUCUGUGGUACUUUCCCCCAUUUUUAAACGAACUAAUAUUAAUUUUGUUUUACUAUUGAAUAGAAAUAGGUAGAAAUGUGUAAUUAUAUUGUCUAACCUUAAUAACGAGGUAUGAUUAUAGCUUAAAACAUGAGAUUUUUUUUUGUAAAUGAAAGUGGUCAGGUUUAGCACUUUUGAUUAUUUUGCUAUAAAAUUAAAAAGUAAAUUUCAUUAAAAUAAUAUUCAGUGCUGCUAGACCUUUAGAAAAUCUUUUUUUUAUUGCUAUCAAGAUAGCUUAUAUCUUCAACUUUGACUGCUUUGUGAUUCUGUUCUUGUAAAACACCAGCUGUGACAAUAACUGUGAACAUAUGUACUGCUGAUCUCUUCCAAAAAUCAAUGUAGACUGUGGAUUUUGGUUUGAUAGUCCAUCCCUCUUGCAGCUUGAUUAACAACUCAGUUAUUGAAAAAUCAUAAUGGUCAGUUCUGCAAACACUUACUGGCAUAGUCAGUUUUAGACACAACUAUUAAUAAUUGCUUGUGGAAGCAAAGUCAUCUGUGUAGUAAGUGUUUGCUGAAUGAGCUUUGGGAUUACAAAAUUUUUAUGAAAAGCAGGUGCCAAGUGUCCCCCAUGUGUGUCUGAAAUGUUUGAUUCUGUAACUCUUGUGUUCCAGAGGUCUUCCAGCUUUUCUCAGGUAAUGAAUAACUGAGGGGCUGGUCCCAAAUUGAGACCAGCAGACCAGAACAUUAUUUCUUCAUCUGUAUCUUGAAGGACAAGUGGUGCUGAGCCAAGUCACAGGCUUGCACCCCAGCAUGUAUGUGGGUGGCAGAAGGCAGAGGCUCUGCAUCGAGUCCUCUUUCUUUUGAUUUCUCUCUUACUUUCUCCAGACUCAAACGGGCUGGAUGUGAUUUUUGCUUUCCACUGCUGCAGUGAGCAAGGCCUGUGCUAGUGUGCCUCCUCUUUGCCCUCGGGAGCCUCUGGCACCCACCACGGCUGUGGCGAUGCCACUGCAGAGCACACCUGCCCGACGGGUGCUGCAGGGGAGAGCCUUCUGCGGGCCAUCCUGGAGCCCUGCGCUUCUCCUCCUGAAAGCACCCAGGCACUCUGGCUUAGGUGCUUCCUUUUCCUCUGCCCUCCGUGGUUUAAGCUUGUUACAUCCAUAACUUAUCCCCGGAUUUGCAAAAUGCACUUCGUGUUUUAAAUAGAGCCAGCUAUAUGUAUGGGAGGGGCUGUUUGGAGUCAGUAUUUGCGUUGCCACACUCUGUGGUUACCAGACGCUAUAAUAAAAUCACUUGCAUCAGAGGAAAGCUGACAACACAUUUUAGCACUUCCAUAGCACUAACUUAAUCAUGGCAGGAAGCUUUCCUGCUGCUAGGAGAACAUGUUGCGUCACCAGAACAUCUGACACCGGUGUCUAAUGUCAAUCACUUUGCUUAAGGUCAUUAAAAAUAUUAGGGUGUCCCCUUACGGUGUACAGGUUUUGCAUGAGUGACAAUUCAUGGGAAAUGCAUAGCAUGAUAAAUAAUGGAACAGGUGGACUAAAGUGGUGUCUUUCCUGUUUAAAAUGAGAAAAGUGAUUGACAUUAGCAAAGCUGGAUAAGCUAAAUAGGGCUGCUUAUUUUUUUUCCCCUGGGAACACAAU